AUGAUGGAAUCAGAAGGCUAUCCGUAUAAAGUAGUUGAUGUUGGACGUGAGAAGAAAUUUGGUUUAGUUGCUUGUUCUCUUCAUGACUUAGUACAUCGAGCUUGUGAGAAGCUCAACUUGUCUGGAAAUGUUAAAGUAGUACUAGAACUGGAUGGUACUGAAGUGGAUGAGGAAGAAUAUUUCAGUACGCUUGAAAAGAACACAAUUCUGAUGCUUCUAACCCCAGAUCAGAACUGGGCUCCUCCAGGCAGAAAGAGGCCAGCUGAUGAAACUGAUGCUAGUGGUAGGGGCUUAGAAGGGCUUCUAUCACGUCUUCAAAGUGAUAUUGGACAUGUCUCCUUGUUAGGUGGUUGUGAACUUGAACUUCUUUCCGACAUGGAUCCUGAUUCACUCACAGAUAUUGUUCCAGAUCGUGUAUUUUUAGAUCAAAUUAAGGAAGCAUCAGGCCGUAUUUUAUCAGACAAAAGACAGGCACAAGAAGCUAUGGAUCUCUUGAAAUUAUAUCACAAUGCACAAACAAUCAAAGAAGGAAAGAAAAGUACUUUGGCUCAGUAA